AUGGACAGUGUUUUGAAGCAACUGCGGGAGCAACACGACCGCUCGGUAAAAAUUUUCAGGGAUGAAGAAAUUUUUGAUCUAGAAACAUUCCUCGAGUUGAACGAACGUGACUACUGCCGACUAAAAUUAACGACCAAAAUGAUAGAAAAAAUCCAAUCACAAUUUAAAGAACAGUUACCUCAGCCUUCAACGGAUGAAGAAUGGAUCCAGGAGCAGGAGAUGGAUGUUGUAGAAACUCAAAAUAGUUGGGACACAGAACAGCCGUAUCGAGGGAUUUCCUUGGAAGAGAUUAUUGAGAUUGAUCGAGUUUUUGAACGUACCGCUGAUGGCGUAGCAAUCAUGGAGGUGCUAAGAGAGAAUAAGAGACUCGAUGGUAGCUUCAUCAGGCGAAUUGGCACACUGUUAUGUGACUGUUUACAAGCGCUUUAUGGAUGCCGACCGAAUAACUUUUAUAAGAACCAAAUAGCUGUUUCUCUCGUCCAAUCAUAUCCAGCGCUUGCAGCGACUUCAGAAGUUCCACAGGGAUUGUGGUUUCAUGCUCACGCUAGAGGACUGAAUCGACAUGCGGGACGCCUUCAUUAUCGCAUGAAGUACUUGGCGCGUAAAUCAGAAGACCGUGUGUUCAAACGUCGCCGCCUGAAUGAGUUGCCAUCCUGCGGGAAUAUUUCUAUUACACCUUCAUCAGUGGAGUUCAACGAAAUUGAGCUUGAGGAGUUGAUACUUGAACUAAAAUACAUAGUCCCCAACCAGCAAACAAGAGCACGUAUUUUUGAACUAUGGGAGAUCACUUUCGUUAGCAGACAUGGCAAUGGCACUGACUCAUCGUUUUCCAAGAUGUUUGCUACGUUUCCUGUACUGUCAGCAUAUAAAGGUGAAUUGAUUUCACUCGACUUUUCCUUGAUGAAACCAACCGCAACACCAUUUUUUGAAUCAUGGAGUGGAUUAGAAACCAAAACACUCACCAAGUUUAACCAGCUACAUACAGAACUCAGUCAUGAUUUCAUCCGAGCAUUGGCCAUAAUAAGAGAUAAAAACUUCUCCAGGGGAUCGAAAAUGCGUCGAGAUAUUAAAACCAAUAAUCCACUAAGUGGAAUAGUGCACUGGAUUGAAGAGGAAGAUGAUAUUCCUACAGCUGAAUCAGAUUCCUUUUUGUUAAUUGUUCGUGGUGCAUAUUUGGCGGAUUCCGAAGACUGCAUUCUCCAGAUACGGGAGCAGAACAUCCCAAUUGGAAGCGAUUUACGAUCUGCGUUUAAUAUUUAUCUGGAAGCAAUGACUGUAUUUAAUAUUUCUCCUGCAGCUACCGAUAAACAAUUUUUUUUAUUUUUUAAGAGUGCUGUUUUAUGUGUAGAUAACCUGGGCACAACAGGAACAAAAUUUCUACACAGCUUGAAGUAAACCAAACUCUUUCUUACAUUCAGUUGCAUCAUAAGUAAUGAUUGAUCCAAUUAAUAACAAUGCAUUGAAAUACUG